CACCACCCCACCUCUUCCUCCUCCUAUUUUCUCUCCUUAUCUACUACCCUUCCCCACCAUCCGCCCCUUCACCCUCCUCCUCCUCUCUUCUCUCCCUUCAUUCCCUUCCCCAUCUCACUCUCUCCUCCGCCUCUCUCCUCUCGUCUACUGCUGCAGCCGGUUGCCGGCUUUGCUUCGUAAUCUUGCUCAUCAAUACCUACCCGUCCUCACCAUCCGCCCCUUCACCCUCCUCCUCCUCUCUUCUCUCCUUUCAUUCCCCUCUCCAUCUCAUUCUCUCCUCCGCCUCUCUCUCCUCUCCUCUACUGCUGCGGCUGGUUGCCGGCCCUGCUUCAUGGGGCCUAUUCUCACUCUUACCUCUCCCCCUCUGUGCUUCCGCCCUCACCUGUCUCCUGCCGUACCUCCUCUCCUACCCUUGCCUUCCCUGCUCUCCGCUCCUUUCGCUGCCCAUUCCUCCCCUUGCACCUCUCCUACUUGCCGUUGGACCUCCCCUCUUCUCCGCCCCUCUGCUUGGAUUCCGCUGUCCCAUCAACGUCGCCGCUCUUGUGCCGUUGUCACCUCUGGUAUUGGUUCUCUGGCCUCUGUCUUCAGUGUGA